CGCGCGGCCCACGCCGAGCACCGGGGACAGCGGCGACAGCGCUGGGCCCGCACCGGCCGCAGGCAGCAGCGUUUGGACUUCACCAGGCAUCGGCUCUUCCAGCGGUGACAGCGGCGACGGCGGUAGGGGGUCCCCAGGUAUCGGCGGCCCCACUGGAGGCACCGUGAAUGCUGGAGACACCUGGAAACCUGCAGGCACUAGGGACGCUGGAGGCACUGCAGGCAUUGGAAACAGCAGGGACGCUGGAGGCAUCCAGGAUAGUGGAGGCACCAGGGUUACUGGAGGAACUGGAGACACUGGGAGCACCCAUGUCCUCGGGAGCACCAGGAGCACCGGGAAUACUGGACACACCGGGGAUACCGACAUCCCCAUAGACACCAGGAGCACUGGGAAUGAGCUGAGAACUGGGAGUGUUUGGGGCACUGGGAGCACUCCAGUCCCCAGGAGCAGUAGGAAUUCUGAACUCCCUGGGGAGACUGUGAGAGUCUCCAGAGAUCCUGGAAGCACUAGGAAAGUCCCCAGCGAUACUGGGAGCACCAGAGAUACUGAACAUAAUGGGGAGACUGGGAAAACCCCCAGCAACAACAGGAACACUAUGGACACUGGACAUGCUGGGGACACUAACAUCCCCAGAGAGACCAGCGGCACUGGGAAUGUGAUGGCCACUGGGGAUGUUGGGGAGUCCCAGAUCACAGUGGUCCCCAGGCCCCCCAUACCUCACCACCGCCUCCACCGCAGCCCCAACACAGCACCACAGUUCCAGCCCUCCAGCUACCAGGCCACAGUGGAGGAGAAUCGGUCAGCAGGCACACUGGUGACACAGGUGACAGCACAAGACCCUGAUGAGGGGGAGGCAGGCCGGCUGCACUACACCAUGGCUGCACUCUUCGACAGCCGCUCUGAUGCCCUCUUCACUGUGGACCCUGUCACUGGUGCUAUCAGCACUGCUGCACCGCUGGACCGCGAGAGCAAGAGCACUCACGUGUUCCGCGUGACAGCUGUCGACCAUGGGACACCCCGGCGAAGUGCCAUGGCCACACUGACAGUGACAGUGAGUGACACCAAUGACCAUGACCCAGCCUUUGAGCAGCCAGAAUACCAGGAGAGUGUGCGAGAGAAUCUGGAGGUGGGCUAUGAGGUACUGACAGUGCGAGCCACUGAUGGCGACACUGGUCCCAAUGCCAACAUUCUCUAUCGCCUCCUCAAUGCCGGUGAUGUCAACGAGGUCUUUGAGAUCGAUUCCCGCUCAGGUGUCAUCCGCACCCGUGGCUCUGUGGACCGGGAAGUAGUGGAUGCCUUUGAGCUGUUGGUGGAGGCCACAGACCAGGGCCAGGAUCCAGGUCCCCGGAGUGCCACGGCCACUGUCCGCAUCGCUGUGGAGGACGACAAUGACAAUGCACCACAGUUCAGUGAGCGGCGUUACAUUGCACAGGUCCCCGAGGACGUGGGGCCCAAUGCGGCAGUUCUGCAGGUGAUGGCCACUGACCGUGACAAAGGCAGCAAUGCGUUGGUGCACUACAGCAUUGUCAGUGGCAACACCCGUGGGCACUUCUACAUUGAUGCACAGACAGGCAUACUGGACGUCGUUACCCCCCUGGACUAUGAGGUCACCAAAGAGUUCACGCUGCGGAUCCGGGCGCAGGACGGUGGCCGCCCACCUCUCUCCAACAUCAGUGGUUUGGUUACCAUCCAGGUGUUGGAUGUCAAUGACAAUGCACCCAUCUUUGUCAGCACACCCUUCCAGGCCACUGUGCUGGAGAAUGUCCCUGUGGGCUACUCUGUCAUCCAUGUACAAGCCAUUGAUGCUGAUUCAGGUGACAACGGCCGGUUAGUUUACACCCUGCUGGAGACUGGAACUGGCUUCCCCUUCACCAUCAACAACAGCACCGGGUGGGUUGUGGUGGCCUCUGAGCUGGACCGGGAGGUGGUUGACUUCUACAGUUUCAGGGUGGAGGCGCAGGACCAGGGCACCCCCCCAAUGGCCUCCACGGCCAGUGUCAGUGUCACCAUCCUGGAUGUCAAUGACAACAGCCCUGAGUUCACCCAGCGGGAGUACAGCGCCCGCCUGAACGAGGAUGCAGCAGUGGGCACUAGUGUUCUGACUGUCUCUGCUGUUGACCGUGAUGCUAACAGCAUCAUCACAUACCAGAUCUCCAGCGGCAACACCCGCAACCGGUUCUCCAUCACCAGCCAGAGCGGUGGUGGGCUCAUCUCCCUUGCCCUGCCCCUGGACUACAAGCUGGAGCGGCAGUACCUGCUCACCAUUGCUGCCUCUGAUGGCACUCGCCAGGACACUGCCCAGGUGGUUGUCAAUGUCACCGAUGCCAACACCCACCGCCCUGUCUUCCAGAGCUCCCACUACACCAUCAGCAUCAAUGAGGACCGACCAGUGGGCACAACAGUGGUGGUCAUCAGUGCCACAGACGAGGACACAGGGGAGAAUGCCCGCAUCACCUACCUGAUGGAGGACAGCAUCCCCCAGUUCAGCAUUGCUGCUGAGACUGGUGCUGUCACCACCCAGAUGGAGCUGGACUAUGAGGACCAGGUGUCCUACACCUUGGCCAUCACGGCACGGGACAAUGGUAUUCCACAGAAAUCUGACACAACUUACCUGGAGAUCCUGGUGAGUGAUGUCAAUGACAAUGCACCCCAGUUCCUCCGUCAUUCCUACCAGGGAUCCAUCUAUGAAGAUGUCCCCACCUUCACCAGCGUCCUCCAGGUCUCUGCAACUGACCGUGACUCCGGGCUCAACGGCAGGGUCUUCUACACCUUCCAAGGGGGUGAUGAUGGUGAUGGUGACUUCAUCAUUGAAUCCACCUCAGGCAUUGUCCGCACCUUGCGCCGUUUGGACCGGGAGAAUGUGCCGCUGUAUUCCCUGCGGGCAUUCGCUGUGGAUAAGGGAAUUCCAGCCAGGCGGACGCCAGUGGAGAUCCAGGUGACAGUGUUGGAUGUUAAUGACAACCCGCCUGUGUUCGCGCGGGAUGAGUUUGACAUCUUUGUGGAGGAGAACAGCCCCAUUGGGCUGGUGGUGGCCCGGAUCACUGCCACUGACCCUGAUGAGGGCACCAACGCCCAGAUCAUGUACCAGAUUGUGGAGGGCAACAUCCCAGAGGUCUUUCAGCUAGAUAUCUUCUCUGGAGAGCUCACUGCCCUGGCUGACCUGGACUAUGAGACCAAGGCCGAAUACAUCAUGGUGGUCCAGGCAACCUCAGCACCACUGGUUAGUCGGGCCACCAUCCACGUGCUCCUGCGUGACACCAAUGACAACAGCCCCCAGCUCAAGAACUUUGAGAUCCUCUUCAACAACUACAUCACCAGCCGCUCCAGCAGCUUCCCUGGGGGCGUCAUUGGCCGCAUCCCUGCCCAUGACCCUGAUGUCUCUGACCACCUCACUUACGCGUUUGAGCAGGGCAAUGAGCUCAACCUUGUGCUGCUGGACCCGCACAGUGGGGAUCUGCGCCUCAGCCCAGCCCUGGACAGCAACCGCCCACUUGAAGCCAUCAUGAGGGUGUCUGUCUCUGAUGGCGUUCACAGCGCAACAGCGCAGUGCAUACUGCGCGUGACGGUGAUCACAGAUGAGAUGCUCAGCAACAGCAUCACCCUGCGUUUGGCCGACAUGUCCCAGGAGCGCUUCUUGUCCCCGCUGCUCAGUCGCUUCCUGGAGGGGGUGGCCUCUGUCCUGGCCACUCCCCGCCACCGCGUCGUCCUCUUCAACAUCCAGACGGACACAGACGUGGGGCCGGCGCGGAUCCUCAAUGUCAGCCUCUCGGCACUGCUGCCAGCGGCGGUGCCGGGCGCGUCGCGAUUCUUCUCGUCGGAGGAGCUGCAGGAGCGGCUGUACCUUAACCGGUCGCUCCUGGCGGCCACCACGGCCCAGCGCGUCCUGCCCUUUGAUGACAACGUGUGUCUGCGUGAGCCCUGCGAGAACUACAUGCGCUGCGUCUCCGUUCUGCAGUUCGACAGCUCUGCGCCCUUCCUCGCCUCCGACACCAUCCUUUUUCGCCCCAUC